AUGAAGAAGGUUGUUAAGAAUGGUAGUAACGCAUGCCUAGAUGAUAGCAGCGCGACUACUACUACCACUGCAGCAACUACUACUACCACUGCAGCAACUGUCGCCACUACUAUUACAACUACUACUACUACUGCCGAAACUGAUAAUAGUACUUAUAGUAAUGAUAAUAAUAAUAAUAAUAAUGAUAUUUGUUCUGGCGAUAUGGGAAAAGAUAGGAAGAGAUCGUUAUCAUCGUCUUCAAUGUUGGAACAUAAAGAGGCCGUCAUUAAGUCGAACGCUACUAAGACUGCUACUACUACCGCUGCCACUGCUGACUACCAAAAUAAAACCAGUAAAUCAUCGUCAUCAGUUGCAUCAUCUUCAUCAUCUUCCUCCUCCCCAUCAUCUAAUGCGGCAAUGAUAACUACAUCGUCUGGCGGUGUAAUCACCACUGAUUUUUCCGAAAAUAAGGAGAACAUAUACGGGGUAUCAAUAGAAAAGGAUAGAUCAAGAAAGCCGGAUAUUCUAUCACUGGAGGAACUGUUAAUGAAAGUGGUGCGGAUCAAGAAGCCAACCCACCGUGAGGAAAUCCCCGAAGGAUCCCGCGUCUGUGCCCACUGGAGUGUCAAUAACAACAACAUCAACAACAACAAAAUCAGUAACAACAUCGGUGACCUCAACACUGUUGAAUACUUCGGCAACAUCAACAAUAUCAUCCACAACAACAUCGUCGUUGACAACAACAACUUACAUCACCAUCAACAACAACAACAACAUUCGCCGACAAUUUCAAAAGGUAAGAAGAGACCGCUUAGCCCUGAUGAUGACAAGUUCAACAAAAUCGGAGCAUUUCUUCCGGCUUGUAGACAGUGGCAGUGGUCUGGCGAGGCCCUCAAGAAAAACUGUCACAAGGGUAGGUCCAAGAAGACAUUCUACAGGGCUAUCAAGAGGGGCUCUGAUAUCGUUGAGUUACGGAGGUUUGCUUGGUGGCCUAGAAGAGAAAUGCUCGGUCUCUUGUGUUGCAGUGACCUGGAUCGAACGCAAAGGCAUCCUCCACUAUUAUGUGCUAGGAUCGGAAACUCUGUAGUGUUCGUCUCGAACGGCAAAAGCAUGCUGAAAUUUGUCGGUUGUGUGGAGAGUUUCUGGGAGAACCAGGAUGGCAACAUGUUUGUGAAGGUGAAGUGGUAUUACCAUCCAGAGGAGACCAAGGGUGGCAACCAGAUUCUCGAGACGAAGAAAGCACUCUUCCAAUCGUCACACGAAGACGACAAUGACGUACAGACGAUCUCUCACAGAUGCAGGGUCCUAUCCUACAAUGAAUUCAAACUAUUUCAAAACAACAACAACAACAACCAACAACAACAACGAAAUUUACUACCUGGCAGGCACUUACGAGCCAACGCGCAACUACAUCUGGUUCGAACCCGGAGUGCCCCUGGUAAAAGAUAAGGAUAAAGAUAGAUACCUAGGCAGUAACAACGUCAACAACUACAACGUCAACAAGAACAACGGCAUAAAUAAUAA